CUACCCUCCACGACCUAGACUGUUGAGAUCAACUGCGAUGCGACUAUGACUAGAGUUCGAUGAAGUGAGGUCGGAAUCUCUGCAACAAUGGCAAAAUCGGGAGGCUCUGGGCCUCGAGAGGACUCGGCCCCAGAUCUGGAGAUCUUCGGCGACAAGGUCACCCUACACCCGAGUGGAUAUAUUGCUCCCCCUGAGAAAGCGGCUGACAACGAGCAAGCUCUCAUGCAACAUACUGGCAGGUUCAGAACAGCUCCGCUCGAGUUCCUCCGCGAAAUAUCCCUCCACAUAUCUGGGACAGGAUGGCGUUCGUACGACAAACCCAUAGGCCAGCCGGUCUACUACUCCGGCUUCAGCGAGAAUAUGAAAGCUGCAGUAGUGUCGACACCAAUCCUGCAAAGCAAAAUCUCCGAGUUGGCUUCGAAGCGCGUUGUGGCGGAAGAAGAACAGGGCCUUUUAAACCGAGACGAUAGCAUGUUCGAGACACAUAAAGCAGCACGAAAGAUUGCGAUAGAGCAUAGCCUACUACAGCUGGCAGAACAAAUGACAGAUGGCAUGAUCUGCAAGAUGGAAAACAAAACAUUUAUCAGGAGCGCAUAUUAUUUCUGUACGGAGUUGUUGACUAGAGCAUACCACCAAGGCAUCCACGUGUCAAGCGAAGAAGUUCUGAGGCUACGGAAUGUUGCUAAGGAGGCAGAGAAGAAACGACAAAGUAUCAUAUUCCUACCAUGCCAUCGGUCGCAUGUGGACUAUGUAUCUUUACAACUUAUUAGCUACCGCCUUGGGAUGGCCUUACCGACCGUGGUCGCGGGAGAUAAUUUGAACUUCCCUGUGGUUGGGUCAUUCUUACAGCACGCAGGUGCCAUGUUUAUCCGCCGCAGUUUUGGUGAUGACGUCCUGUAUACCACUGUCGUCCAGGCAUAUAUUGAUACACUUCUUCAAGGAGGCUUCAAUUUCGAAUGUUUUAUUGAAGGCGGCCGUUCACGGACAGGAAAACUCCUGCCGCCAAAAUUCGGCAUUCUCAGUUUCAUUCUGGAUAGUAUACUGUCAGGGCGCGUUGAAGAUACAAUCAUCUGCCCAGUUAGUACACAAUACGAUAAAGUCAUCGAAACCGAAGGCUAUGUGGGCGAGUUACUUGGAGUUCCUAAGAAGAAGGAGAACCUGGCAGAUUUCCUGUCGGCAUCUUCAGUGCUAUCGUUGAAGCUUGGCAGAGUUGAUGUCAGAUUCCACGAGCCAUGGAGCCUAAGAGGGUUUAUUCAGGAGCAAAUGUCUCGAAGCACCACAAUUCCCCAGCAAUUGAACUUGAAGGCUGCCGACGACCCCACCGUCCGCCAAAGAAUACUGCGGACAUUGGGCUAUAAGGUAUUAUCGGACAUUAAUGCUAUUUCUGUGGUGAUGCCAACUGCGUUGAUUGGUACAGUCCUUCUUACGCUUCGUGGACGCGGUGUAGGAAAACCAGAGCUGAUUCGAAGGAUUGAAUGGCUGAGCGACCGAGUUCGAGCUAAGGGAGGCCGAGUUGCUCAUUUUGGCGGUGCAACAACCUCUUCUGUCAUUGAUAGAGGUCUGGACGUGCUAGGAAAAGAUUUGGUUGGCGUAGUCGAAGGACUUCCUACACCGACAUAUUAUGCUGUCGACCGAUUCCAGCUGUCCUUCUAUCGCAACAUGACAAUCCAUCUAUUCAUUACGGAAGCGCUUGUAAGCGCCAGCAUGUAUACGAGAAUCAAACGCGGAGGGUUAAGGUCGGACCAGCGAAUCUCAUUUACUGAGCUUCGGGACCAGGUCCUGUUUCUGUCACAACUUUUCAGGGGCGAGUUUAUUUACCCAACAGAUGGGCUGGCUCAAAAUCUCGAAAAUACUCUCCAUGGCCUCGAGGAAGACAAGGUCAUUGAGCUAAUACGUGACUCCGAUGGAAACAUCAAAGAAGUUGGUCUUUCUGAGGAAGAGCGCGCUGCUGGACGCGAGAACUACGAUUUCUACUGCUUUAUGAUUUGGCCCUUCAUUGAGGCAAGCUGGCUCGGUGCAGUGUCUCUGAUGGGCUUGACGCCAUCAUUUGAGCGACCAGACGAAGCUUGGGUAGGCGUAACUAGUGCACAAAACAGUGCACAACUGCUCGGGAAAACACUAUAUCACCAAGGCGAUCUCUCGUAUUUCGAAGCGGUUAACAAAGAAACUCUUAAAAACGCAUACCAGCGCUUUGAAGAAGAAGGUAUUAUAGUAAUAGCAAAAGACAAGUUGUCCAACUCGCCUCCCCAGAUGAAGCUCGCUCCGGCGUGGACGCCACAACGCGACCCGUUGACGGGCAAGAUCGCUCCACGAGGCAAAUUAUGGGAUUUCACCGAAAUGAUUGCGCAGUCGAGACGCGAGGGCAAGAAUAGACGUGAUGGCGCGACUGUCAGCACCAGAGUGCUCACGCUUGCGGACACAUUAGGCCAGUCUCUGUUUUCGGCAGCUUCAGCGGAUGCUGCAAAGGAAGCAGAUGCGUCAGGGAAGAAGAAGAGGAGAGGAAGGGCUAUUAUGGUGCCCGCUCAUUUGUAAUUGAUUGUACUAUACGAUGAUACCUUGUCAUUUACCGUGUUUUUAGUAGAUAUUUGGCUUUCAAGAAUAGAUAUUAUUUAUUCCCUUGG